GCAAACAACCUCUCUACCCCACAAAAGUAGGCACAAAGGUAGGGGUAAGGUCUGCGUACAUGAUGCCACCUUGUGGGAUUACACUUGACUACACUGGAGCUCCAUCAACUUUACCAAAUUGCAACCGAAGCAGUUGUAGUCCAUGGAAAUGCAGAAGAAAAUCAUGCUGAGAGGAGACCUUCUCAGUGAUUUGCCAGAGCCAAUUCUAAUUCACAUCCUCUCUAUGUUGCCGGCCGGUGGUAAAGAAGUUGUUAGAACUAGUGUAUUGUCUACACGAUGGAGGUUUCUUUGGAAAUCCGUUCCGGUAUCACUUGAUUUCGACUUCCCUACUAGUGACAGCGAAAAGGACACUCUUGAUUACCUAGCUUCAAUCCACAGAGAACUUUAUUAUUGGAGGUCUUCCCACAAAAUCCGGAGAUUUAGGGUGUGGCGCCUUUGCUAUGAAGAACUUUAUGCUAAACAUGUUGAUUUAUGGGUACAUUUUGCUACUACACUUGCUAAUGUUGAAGAAUUUCAACUUGGACUUUUCCGUAUGAAGGGCAAAAGAUAUGAGUUUCCUCAGUUUGCAUAUAAAAAUGUGUCGUUGAGGAAUUUGGUUUUAUGGCACUGCCAAUUGAACCCUUCUGGCAGUGUUAACUGGAUUAAUCUCGUUUCUCUUUCAAUUGGUAAGGUGGAAUUGACGGAGGGUGUCAUGGAGAAGGUAUUAUCUGGUUGUCCUAACUUGGAGUGCUUGGAACUAGAUGAUGUUUCGGGCAUACGUCGUUUGGAAAUCAGCUCUGUGAAGCUGAGAGAACUGACCAUACAAGACUACAACGAUGAACUUUGGCUCGAAAUAAUAGCCCCGUAUAUAAAAAAUUUGGAACUUUCGGGGUUUUGCUGUGAGAUACGAAUAAGACAGAGAAAUGUGGCAUCACUAGUUACUGCAAUGCUUCAUUUAAAUAUCGAAAACAACUUGGAGAAGAAAAUUAGCUAUUUGAAGGAACUUCUUCAUAGUGUUGCCCAUGUCGAGGAUCUUAAAUUGGGUACCUACUGCAUCGAGUGCCUGUCCAUCUUGGAGUUGAAACAGUGGCAGUUUCCACCAUCAAGCCGGAAAUUCUUAGACCUUAGCGUAGCCUUUGAACAGUUGGACUUCCCUGGAAUUUGCAGCUUUCUACAGAGCUCAUUGGAUCUUGAGACAUUGGUCAUUGAUUGGUACGAUAACAGACCAAGAGACCUGUUAUCAAGGUACAUAAAUGAGGAUGAACAGACCAGGAGGUUUGAGACACAUAAUUUUAAUUGCUCAUUUCCACAUCUGAAGACCAUUAAGAUCAUUAACUUUUAUGGAUCUGUGCUGCCAUUGGUGAAAUAUUUGCUCAAGCAUGCAACUAUGCUAGAAAAGUUUGUCAUUGUUGCCGCAUUCGAAGAGAGUGAUGUGUCUCCGGAUUACUUUGAAAUGGCACAGGAGUUAUUAAGUUUUCCAAGAUCCUCUCCGCACGCUUCAGUUAUCUUUUCUUAUUGAUAACCUUUGGCCCCUAUUGUUUGUAUUAAUCGCGAUACCUAACAUUUGUUACUUUAUUUUUGAAACUGUAUUGAGCUGAUAGACAAGGCUUUGAUUGUACUUGUGAGUAUCAUGUCUAAUUAACAAUGUGUUCAUUCUCUAAUCAUCAUGUAAGAAAACUUGUUCUAAAUGUUUUGUGAUUUCAGUUCAUAUUGCUGAAUCCUGAUCAUGCUUUUAUAAUAUGAAAAUUUAAAUUUGAAAA